AUUUGUGUUCAUUUUCAAUUUUCACCGGUUGUCGAAGUAAAAAGUCGUCAUAUAAAUCUAUGCUUGUACAUUUCAAAUCAAGCAUUUUCAUUUUCCAUAUUUUAUUUUAACAAAAGUAUUUUGUAUUUAAUCGAAAAUCCCACUGAAAGCAUUUCAUUAUCUUCAAUAAAUUGCCUUAGAAAUUAAAAAAAAAAAAAUACUUAAACCACAAGCUCAGCACAACUGCCCAGGCACAACCUAAAUAAACUCAACUACAUUUAAUUUAAUUCACAAUGAAAAUACAAAUAUUUAUUGCACUAUUAGUUGUACUUAUUACACAAACUACAAAUGGCUUGAAAGAAGAAGAUUGCGAAGUUUGUGUCAAGACUGUCCGUCGCUUUGCUGAGACUCUCAGCGAUGUAACAAAGAAAGACCACAAAAAGAUCGAAGAAGAAUUCAAGAAAUUCUGCAAAACUCAAAAGAACAAAGAACAGCGAUUUUGCUACUAUCUUGGAGGUCUUGAAGACUCAGCAACUGGAAUCCUAAAUGAACUGUCCAAACCACUUAGUUGGUCUAUGCCAGCUGAAAAAGUUUGUGAAAAACUGAAAAAGAUGGACGCACAGAUUUGUGACCUUCGUUAUGAGAAACAAAUUGAUUUGAGCGCGGUUGAUCUUAAAAAAUUGAAAGUGCGUGAUUUGAAGAAGAUCCUCUCCGAUUGGGAUGAGACCUGUGAUGGCUGUUUGGAAAAGUCAGACUUUAUUAAGAGAAUAGAAGAGCUUAAACCUAAAUAUGUACGAAAUGAGUUAUAAGAAUAAACCAACUGCAUUCGUAAGAUUAUAAGAA